GGGCUCCCAAGCCUUGGGCUUGGGAGGCCUAUUUACAACUGGACCGCUACUGGGCCGAAUACAAAGCCACUAAUGGGUUGUACAAAUGAGUAAGUGUAAAAUCCAAUUCUGGGACGUCUUCGUGGCCGACGAGGGCGUGGCCGACGAGGGCACGGCCGACGAGGGCACCCGGAUUCCUUGGACUCAGGACCAUAAUCCGAGUUGACCCCUUUUCGGCCGACGGGGGCGUCUUGGCCGACGAGGGCGCCACUCUGUUGUCUUGUGCUUUCUGUUCUUCCGGGUAUGUGGGUCCGGGGGCUCGGACCCAUAUACUCCAUCACACGUAGUACAUAUCCAUGCACUAUUAUUAUUAUAAUUAUAUUAUUAUUUGUAUUCUCUUCUAUCACACAUAUUGUAAUAUGUAUAAAUAGACAUCACGUAGCACGAAUAAAGUCACAGCUUCUAAAUCAUUCUCUUCGUAUGAUAUUGUUUAAGCUUCACUCUAAUAAUAUACUACUAUAUCAUAAAUUUCGAUUUUAUUUUGAUUUGGGUGAUUUUCUCCUGGGUCAUCAUCCAUCACCAGAUCCAGCAAGCUUUACCUUCACGGAUCGCAUCUAGCAGCGGAUUUUUUUUGGUUGAAGACAUGUGAAGGAGAUGAAAGGUACAAUAAUUGUAUAAAGCAUAUAAUUGGAAGGGCAUAAUAAUUAUUGUUGUAUUUAGUAAAUAGAUGGUUGUGGCAGAAUUGCUCAAAUCUUAUUCCAAAAUAUAUUAUUUUAAUAUGACUAAAUAAACCUUGCUAAAACAGAAUGAGUCAUUUUUUAUACCAUUGGUUGAAUUCGUUGAACCUUUGUGAUAUUUUGCCUAAACAUAUUGCAGCCAUAAUUCAAACAGUUCUAGUCCAAUUCGGUCUUGGUUCUAUUUUUGCAGUGGUACCUAAAUUUUGAUACUCACUAAGAGCAUCUUUAAUGGUAUCAUGAAUCGUUUAAAAUGCAUUGUCACACCAUAUUGAGGAUGAAUUUAUGUCUCCAACAGAAAUAUGAACUCCAGCUGUGGUGUUGAUUUGGAAUGAAAAUAAAUAACAUUAUUUUUUUUAUAUGGUGACUCAGGCAAACAUUAAUUUCAAAGUUUUUUUUGCCUCAAAUGCAACUUGAAAUGAUAAAUUAGAUGUUUUUAUCUAGAAAACUAUGCAAUAAGUAACUACUACUCCUCUAUCCCAUUAAAAGGUUCAAACUUUUCUUCUUUUGACGUGCCAUAUAAAAGUUCUCAUUUCCAUUUUAGAAUACAAUUAACAAUCUUAAGUGACAAAUUAAUCAUUAAAUAUUAAAAAUCAUACAUUUAUAACAUCACAAUUAUCUAUAUUAAUUACAUUAUAAUAUAUACUUAUUAAAAUUAUUUCUUAAAGUUACUUCUUAAAAUUACAAUUAGGAGUACUUUAUUUAAUUACUUCCUCCAUCUCUAUCAUUUCUUCCAAAUUGCUUUUUUGAAUUGUUCUAAUUAAUUCUUCCAAAUUCCACAUUUAAAAAAAUAUAUGUCAUUCACAUUCACACAUUUUUUGUACACAACUACAAUCAUACACUUUAUUUCUAAUAUCUAAAUUUGCAAAUCAAGUCAAAACUAAAAAAAGACCAGGACAGAGGAAGUAUUACUUAAAUAACCAUUCCAUUUUACUAUUGGAACCUUCAAACUAAAUGAAGGUAGUACUUUAUGUUUUAAAUAACCGUAAAUUUUUCUUCAAAUUUAGGUACUUUUUCAUAUCCACACAAUCUAUUCAUUAUUCUUACUAUUUUACAAAUACUAAGAAUUUUCAAAUACAAGGAAAGUAUUUGAUAGAUAAAACUAUAAUAGAGAGAGCAUUUGAUAGAUAUUAUAAAGUAUAUUCCACUUCUUCAAUAGCACUUGUUGCACUUUAUAACCAAAACAAGUUUUACUUUUUUAGAAGAAUUAUUUUUCAAGAGAAACAACAACUUUCAUUAAAACCACUUUGUCCUAAAUAUCAUAAAUAAGUUAAUACUCUUUCUCUUCAUUAUUAUCUUUGUUCCAUUUUGUCAAAAACACUUUUUUUGAUAUGUUUUUUCAAUCAACAUAAAUUCUUACCCCAAAGUGUCACCUUUGAAACCCUCAAAUUGUCACCUCAAAUCAACAUAAGUUCUUUGCACCAUGGGAAAAGGGGCAAAAGAACCCCUCAAAUUGUCACCAAAGUGUAUUUAUGCCCUUAAAUUUUUUUGGGGCAAAAAACUUUGAAACCCCUCAGAGGAAGGCAAUUAUCCCCUCAUUUACGGCGAACCAACGUAACAGAGUCGGCCAUUGUUUUUUUGGAAGACAGCCACUCUUAAGAAUGCUCCUUUGAGUUUCAACGAAAUAAAAUCUAUUUGUAUUUAUCAACUACAUUUGUAAAUUAGUUAAAAUAUAUUAAAUAUAUUUGUAAAAUAUUUUUUCCAAAAUAUUGCUGAAUAAAUAAUAUUUACCAAAUUGAUAUUGAAUUAAAAAUAUUUCCCAAAAUAAUGUUGGUCAAUUGAGUUGCCACUCAAGAGAGUAGGGGAAGAUGCUACGCAUAAAGAUGAUUGAAUAAAACAAUUUUCAUGUACAAUUUUCAUUUCUUUGAAAUUCAAUAUAUCCGAUUAGUUGAAUCGCUUCAAUUAGAAUUUCAUCAAUUUUAGUACAUCCAACCGAUUAAAUCAAUUUCAGUGUUACCAAACAGAUUCUAAUCAUAAUAUAGAAUAAUUCUUUUCUAAUUGAUAAUCUUUUUUGUAUCAUCGUUAUUUCAUUAUUUAGUCACUUUUAAUGGUUUACUGGUAUUUCUAAUCAUUUUAAUUAUAUUUUAUAUCAAAAAAGAAAUAAGUACAUAUAUGCGACUAAAAUAAAGAUUUUUGGCAUAAAUAUGAAUAGUGACUAAAGUAGUAAUGGAAUCAUAAUAACCUAUGUUCAAUUUUAAACUUAAAUUACCAUAACACUACAUUAUAAUAACUACUCCCAUUAAAAUUGUCUCAUACCAAAUUUGGUAAAAUUUGCAUGGCUCUGAAUGAUUUUUACUUUAUUCCUACUUUAUAUAUUUAAUAUCAACCACACAAACCUAUUUUUCUUAAUAAAAUAGGUUUGUAUAAAUAAAAUUAUAAAUAAAAUUAUAAAUAUAUUUAAUAUCAACCACACAAACCAAUUUUAGUGGGACGGAGGAAGUAUUAAUUAUAUUUGUAUAAAUAAAAUUUAUUUUAAUUAUAUUUUUCAAAAAACCCCUUUUCUUCAUUUCAACUAAUUUACAAAAUUAGUUAACAAAUAAAAUUAAAAUAUAUUUCGUUGACUAUUCAAAUGAACAAUUAACGGUGGCCAAUUCUCUUAAAUAGGUUGACCGUUAAAAAGGGUGUCGUUGCCCUCCUUUGAGGAAUUUUAAAGAUUUUUGCCCAAAAGAAAAGUAUAGGUGCAUACAUGCUCUUUCAUGACAAGUUUAGGGGUUUUUUUGCCCCUUUUCCCCCAAUUAUAUUGCACUUAACUUUUAUCUUUAUGACUACUCGAUCUUAAUUAAGUUCUUGAUUUGACUUCACAUCUACGAAAAAAAUUUACUUAUUUUAACCGUAAAACACAAUGUUAUGACAUUAUUUGACAUUAUUUAAUGUGUUUUAAACUAUUUUAAUGUAAUUUUGUUUGACAAAUAAAAAAAGUAAAAUCACACUUUUAGUCCCUCAAAUAACCACAAUAUUGACAUGUCAGAUCCUUAUUUCUAUGAUGAUAAAUGUCACGUUGUGCAUUUGAAAGGUGAUAUUUGUAAGGUGAAAUGUAAUAGAUAUCCACCUUAUACAUUUCACCAUUCAAAAGACCACAUUUACAACAAUUCAAAAAAUUGAGAGACAAUUUCACAAAAUGAGAAAUACAGACCGGACAUUUCAAUAUGAAGACUAUUUCACGAACUAAAAAAGCAAUUUUCCAAUAAGAAAAGUAAAAACUUAAAUAUACCACUACACUUUUAUUUCUCAACUUUGUCAAUGUCUAAGAGAUCAAACAAUACAAAAGAGGAAGCAUAAGAAAGUCCAAUAGUAACAAUGGUUAUAAUUUUAUUUUUGAACGAAUUAUAAUUACUAAAAUUUAAUAAGUACAAUUUCAUCCACCACUUUUAUUUUGGUUUUUUAAAGAAACUUUCAUCUUGAUAAUGUACUAGAAAUUAUUUGAAAACAUUCCUGGAAAAUAACAUUGUGGGGAACUGUUCUCAGCAAAAGGCCAUUUAUUUUCCACAUUUGAGGAAGCCCCGGGCAGGUAUCAGGUGAUCCUAUGAUUUAAGUCGAAGGUAAAAAAACCACAUCCCCUCUUCCAAUAAUCGAAAAGAACAAGACUCUCCUCUUUGCAUCCGUGGAGGAACAGAGAUUCAUAAAGCAAUGUCCCAAUCAAGAAAAAUGGAAGAAAGAACAAAUCUUUAACUCAAAUCAAGAACCCCACUUCCCGUCCAGAAACCCUCUUUCGGUGUGGUUAAAGCAAAUGAAUCAUCAUAGAACACCAGCCCAACCCAUAGUUCGAUCACAUACUGAUUACAUUGUGGUUCAUCCAUUUCCUAUAUUCAAUCCUAAGUCGUCAAUUUGAUAAGAGAAUAACAAGAUAUCAAUCGAAGGCUUUAUCUAGUCCUUGGCAUUUAUUAGUUGUAGAUCACUGCCCAAGAAUGAGCCUGGUAGAGAGAGAAAAAUCACAAAACAGAUGAAGAACCAAGAAAUGAAUAAUAUAGCAGAAACUCGGAAUCAAGCCGUCAGAGACCAAUGAUUCUCCACAUAAGCUUAGAGCUAAUAAUACGGUCCGCAUCAUGGUUCGAUCUAGAAGAUCGCAUCACACGGCUUGUAAAUUUCUGCUAAAAGAAGAGAACGAAAAACAAGAAAAAAGAGCUCAGAUAACAGUAUGGGUAUGAGAAAAAUAUCAUCACUCUCUCUCAAGGAGGUCAGAGUGGUGCAUGACAAUCUCGAUAUUUCAUCAUCGCCCUUCUUCUUAUUGUGAAUAUUUAAACCUAAUUUUAAGAAACAGAAAGAAAAAGAGAGAGAAAAUCAACUAAACAAGCUCCGAGAUUUCCUUCAGCUGCUAUAAUGAAGUAUGGGU